CACACUUCCAUGGAACUUCCCGACUAUUUUCAGAUCAAUAAUGCAGCAUACUGCUCAUCCCAAUUCGUCGCCGAAACUCGCCACUCCUCCUCCGAUAACGACACCGACGGCGGCUGCGGCGGCGAGCAUUUCAUCGUCGAGGAACUUCUCGACUUCUCCAACGACGACGGCGUCGCGGCCGACGUUAGCAGCUUCAACGGAAACGAUAAUAAUAAUCCCUCCGUCUCCGUCUCCGUGAUCGAGAGUUGCAAUUCGUCGAAUUCCUUCUCCUGCUGCGAACCCAAUUCGUUCCUCGACGACAUUACUCACUCCAAUUUAGGCGACGCAAAAUUCUCCACCGAACUCUGCGUUCCGUACGACGAUUUAGCUGAGCUGGAAUGGCUUUCAAACUUCGUAGAGGAAUCAUUUUCCAGCGAGGACAUGCAAAAGCUGGAGCUAAUCUCCGGCGUCAAAGUCAAAUCCGACGAAACCUUCCAAAUCCGGCAGCCCUCCCCCGCCGUCGCCGUCGCCGCCGCCGAAAUCUUCAAACCCGACAUCGUCUCCGUUCCGGCCAAGGCCCGCAGCAAACGCUCACGCGCCGCCGUUCCCACCAACUGGAACAACUCCCGCCUCCUCCCCCUCUCUCCGACCACCUCCUCCUCCGAACUCGACGUCUUAGCCGUCGCCGCCACGCCGCCGCACCCCGGAAAGAAAGCCACCAUUAAGGCCACGGUCACAGCAAAGAAGAAGGAUUGUCCGGACGCCGGCGCGUCGCCCGGAGAGGGGCGGAAGUGCAUGCACUGCGCCACCGACAAGACGCCUCAGUGGCGGACGGGCCCAAUGGGCCCAAAGACGCUGUGCAAUGCGUGCGGCGUCCGGUACAAGUCCGGCCGGCUGGUGCCGGAGUACCGGCCCGCUGCCAGCCCCACGUUUGUUCUCACUAAGCAUUCAAAUUCUCACCGGAAGGUGCUGGAGCUCCGGCGGCAGAAGGAGCUUCAAAGAACACAGCAGCAGCAGCAUCAGCAUCAGCUGAUUCUUGAUCAUCAUCAGAAUAUGAUAUUUGAUGCAUCCAACGGUGACGAUUAUCUCAUCCACCAACAUGUGGGCCCCGAUUUUCGGCAGCUGAUCUAACCGCUGUUAGACAUAGGGUUCAUUCCGAUUAAUUAUUGGAGGAGCCGAAACAAUGUGGUUGUAAUUUUACCUACUCACACAGAUGAACAAGACAUAAAUUACCAGACGCUUCUCGGAUAUGUAUCCGAUCAUUUUAAAGGACAUACAAAUUCGAAUGCGUACUCAAUAGUCGUUAGUGACGGUCUCAUCUAAUAAAUUUUUUUGUUGGUGGGUU